CACUGCGGGCGAGCGGCCAUUUUCUUGGCCGGGGAGCUGAAGCCGGAGAGGGAUCGGGCUGCGAAGGGCAGCGCUGCCGCUUCAGCUCCACGUAUAGACCCUCUCCGACUGAGCUUCUGCUUUUAAAUAAACAUAACAUUCAUUUUUAAAUAGAAGUAGGGGGGACGGGGACACUCUCCUUUGUGGGUUUUUCUCUGUGUGAGCGUGAAUCGGUCGUCCCGCUGCAAGCCGGCGGCGAGCGCGUCGUUGAGCGAUGGACGAGAAGGCGUUCACCAAGGAGCUGGACCAGUGGAUCGAACAGCUGAACGACUGCAAGCAACUGACCGAGAGCCAAGUGAAGACGCUGUGCGAGAAGGCUAAAGAAAUCUUGACAAAGGAAUCAAAUGUGCAGGAGGUCCGAUGUCCUGUUACCGUCUGCGGCGAUGUCCAUGGGCAAUUUCAUGAUCUGAUGGAACUUUUUAGAAUUGGAGGCAAAUCACCAGACACAAAUUAUCUUUUUAUGGGAGAUUAUGUUGACCGAGGUUAUUAUUCAGUUGAAACAGUCACACUCCUUGUAGCCCUUAAGGUACGUUAUCGUGAACGUAUCACAAUACUUAGAGGGAAUCAUGAAAGCAGACAAAUUACACAAGUGUAUGGCUUCUAUGAUGAAUGUUUAAGAAAAUAUGGAAAUGCCAAUGUGUGGAAAUAUUUUACUGAUCUCUUUGAUUACCUUCCGCUCACUGCCUUGGUAGAUGGUCAGAUCUUCUGUCUCCAUGGAGGCCUUUCUCCUUCCAUAGAUACACUGGAUCACAUCCGAGCACUAGAUCGCCUUCAGGAGGUUCCACAUGAGGGUCCAAUGUGCGAUUUGCUAUGGUCGGAUCCUGAUGACCGUGGGGGCUGGGGCAUAUCCCCCAGGGGUGCUGGUUACACCUUUGGUCAGGAUAUUUCUGAGACUUUUAACCAUGCAAAUGGCCUUACGUUGGUCUCACGAGCACAUCAACUGGUGAUGGAGGGUUACAACUGGUGCCACGAUCGCAACGUAGUGACAAUUUUCAGUGCUCCAAACUACUGUUAUCGUUGUGGGAAUCAAGCCGCAAUAAUGGAACUUGAUGACACCCUUAAAUAUUCUUUCCUACAGUUUGAUCCUGCGCCUCGCAGAGGUGAACCACAUGUGACUCGUCGCACCCCAGAUUAUUUCCUGUAAAAUCUUUUGUACAGUAUUGCCAUGAAUUAAACAUUGGCCUGACAGAAUUGGAAGAGCAACAGUAACUUCAAAUUAUAAGCGAGAAUCUCAAACAUUCAGAAAUCUGUCAUCAUGGACCAAAAGACGUGCCAUAAUAAAUACAACCCUCAGUCUGCAAACAUCUCAUUGUUCUACUUGAGCACCUGUUCAUCAAUGCAUGCUGAUGCGUGAAAGUUAUGGGUUGAGAACCAUGGUUUGAGCCUAGUUUGUAGUUACUUUUGCUUUUUCAGAGAUUGCAGAGAUAAAGAUGUAAACAUUAAAACCUGCACCUCGUGAUAAUUCAUUUAGCUAUAGCAUACCAAGCAUGACUUGUAGAUAAACAAUAGCAGUAAACAAUCAAUGGAGCUUAAAAGAACAUUUUAAAAUACAACAGCCUCUAUUUGUGUCAGUACUGAAAUCUUGUUUCAGGGAAUACUGUUUAAUUUAAUUUGUCUCUACUGUUUUCGAUGUAUUUUUCAUAAUGUCCAAUUCAAAUAAGUUGUAUGGAACAAAAUUUUCCUUUUAAAAAAUCAUGGCAGAUGUCUGCUAUGUCAUUUUCCAUAAAAUUAUGAACCAAGAAUUGAGAUAUUUCAGAUUUUAACUGUAUUGGGAUGAAAGACAUGAUACCUUUAUGUAAAAUGGUUACACUAAUAUUUUAGUUGUGUAUCAAAGGCUCCAGGUUAAAAUAAUAAAAGACUGAAAUUGCUCGUACAGGAUAUGUUUUUGCAUUUGAGAGGAACCAAAUGGCCAAUUUGCAUCUCCUUAGUUUCCCUAUGAAAUGUUAAUAGAAUUGAGGAAAAUGCAUAACAAGGCACAAGUAUCCAGCAAAAAGUUAGAUCAAAUCUCUCCUCAUUGACUAAUAUAAAUGCUUUUGCAUGUGCUGUAAUUAGUUUUGAAGCACCAAGACCGUAGUCAGUAUUACAUAGUUCCUCAUUUUCUAAAACCAAUCCUUCAGUUUUUCCUGGCAGUAAUUUAUAUGAAAAAAUAUUGUGCUGUCUUUCUGAUAUUCACAUAUUUAAAUUUAGCUAAAUCCUGCACCAUCCAAUUUCAACAAAAUACGUAAUCUAACUUCAAUUAAAAUGUUUCUGUUUUUGUAGCUAUGCUGUGUUUGGGUUUACUUUUUUCCGUUUGCUCUGUUGAUGAUCCAGUUGUUGGGACCAUUGAGGUGCCAUAUUGGUUUGGUACUGACUUGCAAAUUUAUAAAUGCUUGCCAUAACAUUUGAUUCAAUGUUUGUUUUGGUCUUUCUCUGGUCAUGGGUGCUCUUAUCUGUGAGAAUUCUGGCUUUAAAAAUAUAGUGAGCCAGAAGGGGGAGAAAAUACACAUUGCAUGAAAAGGUUUAAUGAAAAGGAAUAGGUGAGAGUUUGUGUUGAGUACUGGUUGGUCUUGAUUUAAUUCCUGAGCUGUAAAUCUGUAAAUAGCUGUUUUAUGAAGCCUAAAUCAGAAUCGAUUACCUAAUUCUAUUGCAUUUUAAUGGAAGUAGAAGCUUACAGCGUGGAAAAGUUGUUAUUAACCAUUCACACAGUGCUUGUUUGUUUACAUAUAUCUAUAAUCACAUAAAAAGUUUAGUUCCAUAUUAAUGCAUGAAGAAGGAGAGUUUCUAAGGAUUGUUUCAUCAAUUAAUCUAAGAGUAACAUGGAGGGAGGAAAAAAAUUGCAAAAGAAUCAUGUGAUUUUUGAUAAGAUUACUGGUAUAGCCACUUAAACUUGAAGAAAAGAAUCUGAGUUGAAAUAUUUUUCUUGUCUUGGUGUCCUUUGAAGUUGAGGUCCUUGAUUUCUUUACCAUUUGUCUAAACUUCAUGUAAUGACAACAGAACUUUUUUUUGUGUGUCAGUGAACUGAAGACACAAAAUUGUACCAGACCAAUAUGUUGAAUUUUAGCCUCAUUCUCUCCAGGAUAAUCAUGCGGGUGAUGUUUUAUCCACAUUAUCGCACUGCAAUGAGGGAACAGUUUGAACGUUCAGUGAAUACAAGAAUUGUAUAUCCAUUCUUACUGUUCAGGGGAGCAGCACUUACAUUUAUUGGAAAUAAAAUAAUUUGAUGUACAAAACUAGAACUUUUUAAGGGUGAACACUGGACAGAAAGUAAUGGGUCCCCAGAGUGGAUGAGGGGAGUUAUGAUCUUACAGAGCUCUGUGCAUUGUAUCCUAGAAUUAUGAACUUUGUUAACAUUAACUUUUUUAUGCAACUCUGGACAUGGCUGGUUUAGUUACUGUCACUGGUUGAAUGUAAACUUAAACCAUCCUUGUCGUUUGGUACAUUCUUCAGUUCUUGUAAGUGAAUGAUGUGCCUCUAAACUUGUGUUCUGGUAGCUUAGCCGACUCCAGUAGAGAUACAUUCCAGUUUUCACAUAUUUAUGUAUUAAAUUUAUUGUCUCCAUGUAAUCUUUAUAAAGAUGAAUUCAUAAAUAAUACCUUUUUUACUUGGAGUUGUGCGUUAUCAUUAGACAACAAAUUUUCAUAAGCUUUACCAGAAUGGCAAGUAUAAGUUAGUUGCUUUUCAAUAUGGUGGCCAUCCCUUUUACAGCAUUUGAUAGUGAUAAUUUACAGUUUUCAUUUUUGUGGGACUAUAUAUCUGAAAUUUGUUGAACCAAUAAAAAUAGACUAAAGUU